AUGAGCGUACUUCUCGAAACGUCUCUGGGCGACAUUGUCAUCGACCUCUAUACUGAGCUCGCUCCACGCUCUUGCACCAACUUCCUCAAACUGUGUUCGCAGCACUAUUACAAAUUCAAUGCAUUCUUCAGCGUCGAAAAGGACUUUCUCGCUCAGACGGGCGAUCCGACCAACACAGGCAAAGGCGGUUUCAGCAUCUGGGCACAAUUGCCGUCCACUUCGCGGGACCGCUCAACUGGCACCUACUUCCAUCCAGAGACUACGGGCGAUCAAUUAAAGCAUACCAAGAAGGGGACAGUCUCGUUUGUUUGCGUUCACGACAAGGGGAGCGGAGGCGAGGCGGAAGGAGCGGAUGCAAACGAUGAGCUGAUCGGAGGGUCGCAAUUCUUCAUCACGCUCAAGGACGGGAUCGACUACCUGGAUGGCAAACAUGCGCCAUUCGGCAUCGUGGUCGAAGGGCAAGAGCCCGGUGGAACACUGGACAAGAUCAACGAGGCUUAUACCGACGACAAAAAAAGGCCGCUCAAGGACAUCCGCAUCCGACACGUUGUUGUCCUCGAAGAUCCCUUUCCUGACCUGGACGGCCUCGUUCCACCCUCACGAUCGCCCUCGCCCACACCAUCACAAGUCCGUGCGCUCCGACUCGCCGAUGACGAGAACCUCUCCGAAGAGGAAGACGACGCCGAAAAGGAGGAGCGUCGCCGCAACGCCGACACCAAUGCUGCAGCCCUGACGCUCGAGAUGGUCGGCGAUCUGCCAUUUGCCGAAAUCCGCCCUCCCGAAAACAUCCUUUUCGUGUGUAAGCUCAACCCGGUGACUCGCAGCGACGAUCUGGAGCUCAUCUUUUCGCGCUUUGGCAAGAUUCUCUCGUGCGAAGUGAUCAAGGAUAAGAAGACGGGCGAUUCGUUGCAGUAUGCGUUCAUCGAGUUUGACAAGAAGGACGACGCCGAGCGCGCGUACUUCAAGAUGCAGAAUGUGUUGGUGGAUGAUCGGAGGAUUUGGGUGGACUUCUCCCAGAGUGUCAGUCGUCUGCAUGGCGAUUGGGUGAAGAAGAGGAAUGGCGGGAGGGAGGCGCCUAAGGGACAUUACAAGUGGGGAGGCGAUUCGAAUGGGUCCAGUGGGCCUGCGAGGGUCGAUUCGUAUCGUCCUAGGGAGGCUGGGCAUCGAGACGGUGGAAGCGGUGGACGCAAACAACAGGAUCAGCAUAGAGAUGCUGGCCGAAAUUCGUCGCAUUGCGAUGACGAUCGCCGACGAGAACGAGAAAGCGGUCAGGACCACCGAGAGAGACGAUACUAUGUCAGAGAAGAAGAUGGACGUGACCGGGCUCACAAGCGGUCAAGACGAGAAGAAGACGACGAUCGUUCAAGGCACGGCCGAGGACCGUCCUCUUCCACCGCGCGCUCCGAACGUCCCAGCGCCGGUUAUUCGGAACGAGAAUCUUCGCGUUACGAUCCCGGCCACGAUCGCGACAGAAUUCAUCGCCACGAGGGUGGACGACCUUCCGACGAACGUCGAAGUCGCGAGGACAGGCAGUCGCACAGGAGACACGACGAAGACGAUGAGGGUAGGCAUCAUCGCAAGUCUUCAUCUCGUCGAGACGAGCCGAGGCACUCUGAAGCAUCGCAUCGUCGUCGAGAUGACUGUGAGGAGCGCGAUCGGAAUCGGGAUCGCCAUGAUCGCGGGGGUGUGGCACGAAAUGCGAUCGACAUGAACGCUUCACCCCAUACCAAGUCCAGCGCAAUCGCUCCUUCACCCACCUCUGCCUACUUCCCUGGCUCUUCUUCGCGUCGCGGCAGCGCUUACGCUUCCAACGCCGGCGCCGAAGAUGACGAGGCACUCGACGAGAUCCGCAGAUACGAGUCCUUCUCCACCGUCGACUGGGUCGUUGACAGCACGCGAGAGCGUAACCGUCUAGCGCGCGAACGUCAGGCUGCCUCGGCACAUUUCGUCUCUUCCUCCUCCUCUUCUUCCAACUCACACCUCGCGAAUGGAUCGAGUCGAUGCAAUGCAGAUGCUGCUUGGGGCCACGUUGGAUUCGGGAGGGGAGGUGUGCCGCCUCGUUGGUGGUCGAGAGGCCCGUGGGGCAGAAGAGCCUGGCUGCUGUGGGGCAUCAUCAAGAGCGCGUUGUCCGCGUUUACCGAUAGCGGCGUCAUCGUGCUCGUCGGCAUCCUCAUCGGUCUCAACAUGGGUGUCAUCAGCUUGGCAACCGAAUGGGCAUCCGAUCUCAAGCAGGGUUACUGCAGUUCCGGAUGGUGGCUCAACCAAAAGUUCUGCUGUUGGGAGAUGAUGGAUCAGGCCGGUCCUGGUGGUGCUCCUCUUCCGGCUGCGGCAAAGGCCUUGGCAACCGCAACCGUCACCGUCACCGCAUCGGAUCGAGCAUCUACAUCUACAGAUGCUGCAGCACUUCUUGCAUCCUCUGCGGCAGCAAACGUCGCUUCUGCCCUCCCUACAACGGUCCGAUUUGUAGCACGGGAAGCCUACAACUUGACAAUACGUGACGUCCCGCAUCGUGCCUUGUGGUCCCGAUCCACGCCCGAGAUCUUACACGACGGAUUUGGAAUCGGUUUGCAACUGCUCUCUCGGGCUGACAAAGCUGCUGGUGGCGCUGGCGACUUGAGCGAAACAUGCACCGAUUGGGUCCCCUGGUCGCAAUGGACCUUCCCUGCGUGGAUCGUCUACAUCCUCUUUGCGGGUCUGCUUUCCUUUGUGUGCGCACACCUCGUCAAGUCCUUUGCGCCAUACGCAGCUGGCAGCGGUAUCUCGGAGAUCAAGUGCAUUCUUGCCGGAUUCGUCAUCAACGGCUACCUCGGCUUCUGGACACUUGCCAUCAAGAGUCUCACGCUGCCUCUCGCCAUCGCAUCUGGUCUCAGUGUGGGCAAAGAAGGUCCUGCAGUGCACGUGGCCUGCUGCAUCGGCAAUGUGGUGGCGAGCUUCUUCCGCUCCUUCAAUCGCAGUCAGGCGAAGAUGCGUGAGCUGCUGACUGCUUCUUCGGCUGCGGGCGUAGCGGUCGCUUUCGGCUCGCCCAUCGGUGGCGUGCUCUUCUCGCUCGAGGAGAUGGCAUACAACUUCCCCGCUUCCACCAUGUGGCGCUCCUUCCUCUGCGCCCUUGCAGCCACCGUCACGCUUUCGUUCAUGAACCCGUUCCGAACGGGCAAGCUCGUCCUCUUCCAGGUCUCGUACGAUCGGGACUGGCACUACUUUGAGAUCAUCUUCUACAUUCUCAUCGGUGUCUUUGGCGGUCUUUACGGCGCCUUUGUCAUCAAGUACAACUUGCAGGUGCAGUCGUUCCGUAGGAGCUAUCUUGCGAAACAUGGUGUGAGCGAGGUGGUGGUCCUUGCGACGUUGACGGCGUUCAUCGGGUAUUUCAACAAGUUCUUGCGCAUCGACAUGACCGAAACGCUCGAGAUUCUGUUCAGGGAGUGCGAGGGUGGUGGCGACUACGAUAAUCUGUGUCAGAGCUGGGCACAGUGGCGUAUGGUCAACUCGCUUCUGCUUGCGACGGUGCUGCGCACGGCGUUAGUUAUCAUCUCAUACGGCUGCAAGGUACCCGCGGGAAUCUUUGUGCCAUCCAUGGCCAUCGGCGCCACCUUCGGCCGCAUGGUUGGGAUCCUUGUCAAAGCGCUGUACAACACAUUUCCGCACUGGUCGCUGUUUUCCGCCUGCCAACCCGACGUGCCCUGCAUCACGCCAGGCACGUACGCAUUCCUUGGUGCCGCAGCCGCUCUCGCCGGAGUCACGCGCAUCACGGUCGCCGUUGUCGUCAUCAUGUUCGAGCUCACCGGUGCGCUCACUUACAUCUUGCCCACCAUGAUCGUCGUCGGUAUCACCAAGGGUGUCGCAGACUGGUUCUCCAGAGGCGGCAUUGCCGAGCAGAUGAUCAAGUUCUCCGGCUAUCCGUUCCUCGACAAGGACGACCACAGCUUUGGCAUUCCCGUUGCGGAUGUGAUGAGGGUCAACCCGGACGUGCUGUAUGCGGUGGGGAUGAAGCUCGAGGAGCUCGAGAGCAAGAUGAGCUAUGGCACUUACAAGGGCUUCCCGCUCGUGCAGAGUAAGGAGGAUGCGACCCUGCUUGGCUAUGUAGGCAAGGUCGAGCUGCGGUAUGCGAUCGGGAAAGCGAGACGGGCACGCGCGCUCAGUGGGGAGACCACGUGCUUGUUUAGUGUCGGCCCGAAUGCGGUGCGGGGCGGCGAUGGGGACGGAGAACGGGAUGGACCGCGCCACCAGCAGCAGGAUCUGUUGACCGUAGCAUCUCUGCCGACGACGGCAGCUGCGGACCGAGCGGUUCGCGAAGACAUCCUGAGUCGGCUCAGUGGCGGCGCCACGGGAGCAGGGUCUGCGCUCGGGCUCGGCGUAGGAAGCGGAACACCCGACGGGACUCGAGCAUCCCAGCGUCGACGCGAAGCUGAAUCGCUCAUUGGCAAGCUCGAUGGCGACGAAGACGACGACCGUGACGAUGACCCCGACCGAGACAACACCGCUUCUGCUCCACGACGCGUCGACGACGACGACGAGGAUGACGACCCAAUCCUCGGCGGUGCCGGAGGCGGAGUCGACGGCGAAGGCGAGUCGGACCUGCUCGAGCUCGCAGGCUGGGUCGACCCGACCCCGCUCAUCGUCCAACCGGGCAUGGCGCUCGAAACCGUCAUGGACAUGUUCAAGAACCUCGGUCCGCGCGUCAUCCUCGUCGUCGAGUACGGCAAGCUCUCCGGUCUCGUCACGGUCAAGGAUGUGCUCAAGCGCAUCGCCAUGCAUGAGAAAGCCGAGGCGGCUGCGGCGCGGUCUGCCACCACCCUGCCGACGCACAGUGUGACUGCGGAAGGGUUUGGGGGCGGUGAGCUGGAGGUUCUGCUCAAAGAGGCGUACGAGUGGGCGCAGGAUCGAUGGGCCGUCGUCGCGCCGCACGCGGAUCGACUGGGGGCGAGGUUGGGGUUGGGGACCGGGAGGAGGAGGGGACGCGGACAGCAACCGCCAGCCGAGGGGAGGUAUGCGCAUCUGGACACGGACGAUAGAUACAACGAUGCAGAAGACGAUUCGCAGGGUGCGGCUAUGGGUGCUCCGUCGAGCAGCCAGCAGCAGCAGAGGCAGAAAAGGACUCCCGCCGAUCAGCAGCAGUUUGUUUUGGGCGCUGAUGACGAGGACUGA